AUGGAGUCAGCAGGUGCUGGAGAUGUGGACUUCAGAGCGGUACUGAUUCCCGUGAUCUCCCGUGCGGAUGCACACGAGCUCGCGAAGGUGCAGACCGCCUGCAGGAUGUGGCGGGAGGCAGAUGUGCUGGUGCAAGGCCGCUGGAUGCAGCUUCUGCUUAGAGACUUCCUCCAGGACUGGGGUGGCGCCUCGCGCUACCGGGCCCUGGCACAGCCUCAGUGCCAGCGAUGCAAUCGCCUCUUCUGGGCCCAGCGGCGGGGUGCCUUCCGCCGGUGUCCCUGCGUGGCAUGGCGGGAUGCGAGGCCGUCGCUGACGAUCGUGUCUUUGAACUUGGAGCGAUGUGCAGACGGCAGUUUUUGCGAGUGGUCCGGCUUCUCGGCCGCCAGAGCAGCCACUACGGCGCUCUUCCAGGUGCAGUUCCGAUCCGUACCCGAGCUCUCCGACGCGGCCCUGGAGACGGCAGACCUCGUCUUCCUGCACACGACCAGUGCAAAGAGGGCCUUAAGUGCUGCGGAGCAGGCGACGCUUUCCAGAUUCUGCUCGCGCGGUGGCACUGCUGUGCUGAACUGCUUCAGUGCUUGGACCGUCAACGGCGGAUGGGGGAAGGAGUUGGUGAAGUUUCUGGGCAUUUUCCCAGAGCCAUCGGCGAAAUUUGGUGCGGGCUAUGCCACCAAGCUUUCGACCGCCAAAGGACUGGAAGACCUGUGUCUUGCGGGACCCUGGGGUGCACCGCACGCCUACCAGUCUUGGAGCUCCAUCUUGAGAGCCAUGCGGAGCGAAGCGGUGCUUUCGAACGACGAAGCGCGCUGCUUUAUCAACCUGGGCGAAACCAACUUCAAUGCCUGGUUGCCCCUGGAGUCCGGGGAUGCCAUUCCCGUGUGCACCAGUGGCCUCCAGGAGAGCCCUUUGAGCCGAAAGACACCCCUCUGGUUUCCGAAGGUCAACGGCGCGGGCCAGGCCUUCCUGUGCUCGAACCUCCACUGGCUGGCAGAUCCUCAAGCUUGGCAUGGAGGGAUGAUCCGCUCUGAGGGCAAUGUAAUUCUCUGGCUUAACAUCUGUGCAGCUCGGCAUCUGCGUGCCGAGCUCUCUGACCUCGGUGAGGCUCUGCACGGCGCUCUGCACACUGCCGCGGCAGUCGAGCUCUCGCCAGCUGGCUGGUGUGCCAGAGGUUUUGACAUUGCCGAUGCCAUUGGUGGCAAAUGCUGCCGGCAGGACAUUGAUGGUGGCUUCUAUGGCUUUCUUAUUCCGCCACGAUCGUUCUCUCUGAACGGGGUUCCGCACGAGCUUGACAGCUGCAGUGUCUCCGCAUGCCUCUUCUCACUGAAGACCUUCCGCACCCUUAGCGACGACCCUGUGGAAGCCAUGUCCGAGCUGCUGCAGAUGGGCCUCCUCAGCCCAGAGUGGCGGCCGGAUUUGCCAUUCCUAGGCCCGACGAGCCCCAUUCUCGUGGAUAUGGUUCGCGUGAAUGGCCCAAGGGACGACCCACCCAUUUUCUAUCACCGCUUCUUCCAUGACCAUGCAGAGGUGGUGCCACAAGCUCUCUGGGAGUAUUCCCACUACAUCAGCCAGAGUUCUUCCUUCGCCGCGGCGCUUGCUGCUCGCCGCAGUGGAGGAGCACCUUGUGAGCAGCGCGAGGCGGCUUUGGAGGUGGCCAUGGCCGACACCACAGCCUUGCCUUGGCUGGCUCAGAGGUGGGUGCUGACGGGAAACUCGCGUCUGGACACCUUCGUCAACAUCGGAGCUCGAGAUGGUGUGCAUGAAGAUCCCUUGCAUCCUCUGCUUUCGAACCCUGCGGACGUGCGCUUCGCUCUUGCUGUGGAGAUGGACCUUGAGUUCUGUGAACAACACGCCCGCAACCUGCCUCACGUGGAGUUGCUCUGCAUGAGAGCCACGAAAGCAACGGUCCCCGACAUCGUCGCAAGACUGCCGGAGUGGCUGCGAGGGCAGAAGAGGCCUGCCGCGGAUCUGUCAUCUUUGCCUCGCUUGGACGUCCUCAAGGUGGACCUGGAUGGUGCGGACUGCGAUCUUGCAGCGCUGUUCCUGUGGAAAGUCCUGGCCAAGUUCGUUGUCAUGGAGGUGUGCGACGCUGUGCCACCGCCGCUGCGCUUCAACCUCCAUGACGACGAGCGACUCGUGUGGCCUCCAAAAGCUCCCUGGGGCUGCUCUCUCAGCUACCAGGUGCAGCUGAUGAAGCAGUUUGACCUGCAACUGGUCUGGUAUGGCGCGGGGAAUGCGAUCUUCGCUCAUCGUCUUGCUGCGCAUCUGCUAGGAUUGCCAAGCCCUUUAGACGAGGUGGACUGCUAUGCUAAAUCCGUGCUGAUGACAAUGUGGCCUAGUGGUCGCACGCUGCGCCGGUGGUUUUACGAGGACAACCUCAACGACACCUUCAUUGAAGUCCGGGCAGCCUUGACCAAACGCCUUGGGAAUUUGCCUUUCACAUUGGAGAUGUGA